AUGAAAGGAAACGCGGAGAGAGCCCCUUGGCGGAGCCCCAGUCCCGACAACGAAGCCUUGCUUUUGAGGCAGAAGCACCAAUUGCUACACGUCCGAGAGAAAGGAGACCUGCCCCCGCAGAGGAGACAGGACCUCUAGCAGUGGAAGAGUGCCCAGCGCUUGGCCGAGGAGCUGCAGGCAGAGUAGCAGGAGGCCCCAGGCCAGCAGGUCCGAGGCCUGGAGAGGCUGUACUUAGCACAUCUGUUGGGGGAGGCGGUGGUGGGCAGACUGGCCGAGGACCAUGAACCUGACUCAGAGGGCUCGACCCAGCCAGGAGCAGCCAGGUCGCCCAGGGCCGAGAGGAAGCACACAGUGGCCGUGCGGCAAGAGAAGGGACACAGGGAAGAGCUGGUCUGACGGCAGCCCUGGUGCACCACGUCCCGGAGAAGAGCGGUGGACCAGGAGAGGCAGGGAGCCUCCAGAGCCACGGGCCUGAGUCCUCGUCCCCUGAGCCCACCAGAGAGGAGUAAAGGAAAACACGUGCCUUCAACGAAGACCGGCGGGGACCACCGUCCCAUUGACCCUGGCCUGAGCAGAGGGACAGACUUGGUCCCUGCUGCUGUAGGGGAGAGCAAAUGCCUGGAGGAGCGGGAGACCAAAACAGCCCAGGACGGCAGGAGGCAGCUGGGGAAGUGAACGGCUUGUCUUUAAGGCCCGAAAAACCACUGUUUGGAUCAGAGCCCCGAGGGCAAAGCCGACGACCUGGAACAGCUGUGGCCAGUCGGCUCGACCUGCAGAAGGGGGGCCUCACCUCUGGCAAAGCUCUGUGACAAGAGCAGGUGGUAGGGAGAGCUGGAGUUUGCCUCUGAAGAGUUGUUGUUUGAUACCAACCGGACGCUGAGAAAACACCUGAACUUGCACCUGGAUCUCAAGCCCGGGAUGGAUCAGAGCCCCAGUGAAGAACAGGGCUUUGAGGAGACGCAGGCGUGGAGAAGGGAGAGCCAGAGAAAGAGGAACGCAAGAGAUGCAGAGAUGGACAUGGUGCCCGCCGGGGAGCCCGCGAGUCCAGCGGGGGUGGACGCCCACCUGACGCCGUCCAGAACCAGCUUGAAAAAGUUACUAAGCAAGCCCAGGAACCAAAAAUCCCAUAGGAUGGCCAAGUGCGUGGUUGAGAAUGACAGUAAACCGUGGUCUCCCGAGGCAGGGACAUCUGUCGAUGAAGAGAACCUGCUCUCGUGCCGCCCCGAAUCCAGACAGGAGCCUCCCCGACCAGACGCGCUGGUGCAGGGCUCCCUUCAGCUUCACCCGCAAGAACAGGCAGACAGAGGUGGCUUGACGGCAUCAAGGCAGAAGCAGAAAAUGCAGGUGGAGCAGAGAACACCAAAGCAGCUGGACUCGCUCGAGCAAAUCAGACCCCCCAAGAUGAGCUUGGAGGCCGACCUCCAGACGGAGCUGGAAUAUGGGAGGAGGGAACAGAGGCAAGCUUCUCUGGCUCAUCGGAAGCCUGACUCCCCUCCAGACCAGGAGAAGAAAGGAGGGUAUGACCGCAGCCCCACUUCCCCCUCGGCCAGCAUCGUCCACGAUGACAGGCACAGUCAGAUGAUCCGUGACCUUCAACAGCAAAUUCUAGAGAAAAACAAGUUGCACAAGCGGUUUCUUGAAGAAGCCAGGAAAUGCUUGUGAGAGUUUCAGGGAAUAUGUUAA